AAUGGAUCAACCAUCUCCUCUUCUUCAGUCAACAGGAAUCCUGUUGGAGAUCUUCACAUUCUUGGACUGGCCUGAACAAUUACGGUUGCAACUACUAUGAAAAUCUAUUUACAACAGAGUGAUGCCAUUGCUAACUCAUUCGAACAAACUUGAGCCAAUACCCAGGUUCCUAUCGAUCCAUAAAGAUUGACUCUACAACGUCAGUCUGGGAGAAGGCUUUCCGUAUAAAUAUGGAAUGCUGAAAUUAGAACAAGCAGAGAAUGAAAUAGGAGACCAUGUAACAAAAGAUUUCUCCAUGUCUAGAACUAUGAUGAUCUCUUACAAUAACUACCUAUAUUGCUUUGGGCAUUCAGAGAAGUACUUUGAACCCGGCCAAGGAAUUUCCCAAUCUGUAUAUAGAAUAGAUUCUUUCUCAUUAAAAAUUGAAGAAAUGCAGCCAAUGCCAGAGCCAUUUCAUAGAAGCACUUUGGUCUACAAUGACAAAGACAAAGUAUGAUACUUCAUUGGUGGGGUUGACUGAGACUGUCUCAGUCUCAAAUGUGUAUUUGCAUACUCUUUUGAGAACAACACCUGGUAUACACUCCCAGAGAUGAGCCAAGCUAAGGACUUCGCAACAUGAAUGUUUCUCAAAAAUUCUAUCUAUGUGUUCACUGGGCUUCAGAAUUAUAUCGAACAAGGAGAAAUCAAAUCAAAGGUGUGAAAAAUCUAUGAAAGAUAUAACCUAGAGACUAAAUAAAUGGGAGGAAAUCACACCAACUCCUUGGUACCUCGAUGCAGUAUUCGGCAAAACAGCUUGCUUAGUAUCUAUCAAUGAAAAGAGGAAUUGAAUCAUCACCAUCUGAGGAAAAGAAAAUGGAAAAGCAACCCAUAAGAUUGCAAUAAUAGAUAUUGAUUUCUUUGAAUAUGUCAUUGAACAAAUGAAGGAUUCUGCUUUAGCAGAGAUACUUGAAAAGGACACAUUUUUAUCCAAGCUAGAGGCAGAUUAUUGUUUCCCAAGUCAGGCGAUCCCAAACAACUACCAUCCGAUGAAUUUUCAUUCAAUAGAAUACUUCAGAAUCCAUCUAUCUAAAAGAGAUUUGUACCAACACCCCCAAAUAGUUUGGAUAGGGGAUACUUUUUACGUACAAGGAGAAUAUAGUCUGAAGGCUAUAACUCUCACAGAAAAAGCUUGGCUAAAACACACAAUCAGAAAAGGGAUGUACGUUGUACCCAUUCGUAGAGACGAAAACAUUAUCUCUAUUACUGAAGAUGGUAUUAAAGGUCUAGCUCACCUCAAGUGCCAUUAUGAAACAUAUUUACAAAAAUAAAGAGCCACCAAGAUUGAUUAUUUUUGUAUUUCAAUUAAUCCA